CCGCUAGUCUAACAGCCACCACGCACUAAGCUGCGCGGCACCACACAGGUGUGACCACCGAGAAGCGCGCUGCUCGACUCUGGCUAGUCAUAGACAUUCAAACCAACCUGGAUAUGCAAUCCGCGACGCACGUCCCGUCGACGAGGAGGACGACGACAUGCCAGACCUUGAGUCCGACUCAUAUUCGGACGACGGUGACGAAACUUCGUCCACCGUAAGCGACUCUGCCACCAGCCGCGAGGAGAAUGAUGAGGAGGAACGCUUCUGGGCAGAGGAGCAGGUCCGCAGGGACUUCGAAGACGCUCCACGUCCGCUGCAGGCCACGGCCGAUCAGCCUCCAGUGCUGAACGUCGCGGCGCUGCGUUUUUUGCACUUCGUGCGGGAGGUGAACGGGCGCAUUGGCAUGGCCAACGCUGAUGUCAACCGGCUGCUGCAGUUGUUCAUGCACCCCGAGAUGGCCCAGCGUGUGCUCUCUGAGUACACCAAUGUCCGCGAGAUGGAAGCAUUCGAGCUGGAGCAACUCGAUGGCCUCGGGCGCGGAUGGUCCACUGUCACUUUCCAGGUCGAGGGCCAGCCGCCGCAGACCAUGCACCUCCGCGACGCCUCGCAAGCGUUUGCUGACAUCUACGGCAAUCCGAACAAUGCGGAGGGCUUCAUGCUUCGGCCACGGAUUGACAGCGACCCUGCCACUGGACAGCGGCAGUUUUCCACCCCAGACACGGGCACAUGGUGGCACGACGCUCAGGCCGAGAUCGGUGAGGAUGCGUUCGUUGGGGCGGUCAACCUCUACAGCGACGUCACUCAUCUGAGCGAGAACGGCCGGAAGAAGGCCCACCCGCUGAUGAUGACCCUUGCUAACGUCUCACAGACGAAGCGAUGGGCCACAUCCGGCCACUGCCUGCUUGGCACGUUCCCCAUCCCGCCCCGCUCAAUGCCAUCGGCGCAGAAGACCGAGCUGUGGGAUCGAUUCGCGGUGACCGCGCUAGAGCCCCUGUUCGCCGGAAUGGAGAGGGGUUUCUUGCUGAAGGACCCUAACGGGGUGGAGCGGGUGGUGAAGCCGAGGCUCUAUGCGUGGGCGUGCGACUAUCCUGAGAGCGGGAAGAUCAGCGGUACACUGUCGGGCGGGACGGAGAGACCCUGCAGCAUCUGCUAUGCGCAGAAGGACCACCUGUGGGCGGUCCAGUCGCCCAACGUCACCCGCACGGUGUCCGACCAGCGCUGGAUUGUGGCGAACCACCGUGCUCUCUCCCCGAAUCCGGAGAAGACCGUGGGAUCAUUCUUCUCCACCUUCCCCUCCGAGAGCGUGCUCUGGAAGUGGGAGAUCCCGCGUGCCCCCUGGAGCAACCCCUACCUGGCCAUCAUGCCAGACAUCAUGCACCAGGCGGACCUUGGGAUCCUGCACCACAUCCUGGCUGCCAUCCGCACCAAGCUCCCCAGGGAGCUGGGGGUUUUUGACGGGCGCCUCUCGUACGUCCGGGAUCACACGCGGAUCACCCACCUCCGCUUCCCGGAGACGACGUACUUCGCCACCGGUGCCAACCUGGCGGCAUUCAAGCACCGCGCCGUGCUCCAGGUCCUCGUCUUCAUCGUGGCGGACAAGCUGACGCCGGAUGAGAUGGAGGCACUCCGGCUGUACCUGGAGUGGUACCUCCUUUGCUGCCGUGUGCCAGGGCACACAGAGGGCUCUCUGCUGCAGCUUGAGGGGUUGACCCUCAGGUAUUUCUGGAUGUGAACUGUUAAGGAGCAUAUUUGCCGUGCGUUAGACGUGAUUGAAACUCUGGUGAAUGUUGAACACUUUCUAUGUUUCAACACCUGCUAGGUAGGACCAAUCUUUAUGUCAUAAUCACAUGUGAAAUCCCUA